UCGCCGGGAAAGCAUGGCGACAUGACUGUGUAGUAUAUAAAUUUCUGCGCCUUUUGGACCUUUAUAUUGUCUUUUGUGGAAUUACAGUGAAUUUAAUGGGCUUGAUUUCCAAUUUUUUUAUGGUUCAGUUUUGCUGCUUUUUCCCGUCAACACUUGCGAGCCGGUUAAGUAUUUAAAAUGCAGGCUGUGAAGGUCGCCCAUCUGGCUUUGGUAGCGUCCAGAGCUCUCGGAUCAAGAAGAUUGUGUUGCUGUGAGCUUUUUAAAGCGUCGGCUUGGCUUCGAUCUCUCGGUCAGAGUCGCUUCUGUCAGACUGGAGGAGAGACCGCGGUCAUUCGUGUUCCCCGGUACCUGCAGAGACGCGUUGAAAACGUGAAGGAAAUUCGAAGCAAAAGCAAGAUCAACACCAUCAAAGCUGGAAAGCUCCUCAUCCAGAGCAAGAACCCAGCUCUGAACCAGUCUGCCGGAUACAUUCUGGGAAAAUUCGAGCAGCCUUCUCUUUGCUCUAAAGGAUGGAAACAUAACAAAUCAUUCGGUGACUAUUUCAGCAUCAACAACGUCAGGGCUGUUGCACCUUACGUUGCUGAAAACGGGAAUGAGGACGCUGGACAGAAACCGCUAGCCACUUUUAAUAAUCUCCACAUCUGCAAGGAGCUGGUGGAGACUUUAGAGACUCUCAGUAUUAAACAUCCCACCACUGUGCAGCUGCAGACCAUCCCCAAAGUCAUGAGAGGUCACAAUGUACUCUGUGCUGCUGAGACUGGCAGUGGGAAGACGCUGAGUUAUCUCCUACCUGUUAUUCACAGACUGCAGGCUGAUAGGGAGUCUGAAAGUUACUCUGAGAGUGCACACAAGAUAUGCACUGUGGUUCUUGUGCCUUCAAGAGAGCUGGCAGAGCAAGUGGCAGCUGUGUCCAGGACUCUGUGUGCGCCAUUUGGUUUCGUUACAAGGACCGUUGGAGGAGGACGAGGUGUGGGACACAUCAAGACAGUCUUCAGGAGGGAUCAUCCGGAUAUUUUAGUGGCUACGCCAGGUGCUCUGGUCAAGGCCCUGCGGAGGAGUUGUCUGGAUUUGAGUGAGCUGGGGUUCUUUGUGGUCGAUGAGGCUGACACAAUGUUCGACCCCAGCUUUUCUGACAUGCUGGAGAACAUCCUGCUUCACGUCAACGUUGCUAGUGAUCCCAAGGAAACACGUGGCCUGGGUCACAAAGCACAGCUCCUCGUGGUUGGGGCAACCUUCCCAGGUGGUGUGGGCGACGUGCUCAGCAAGGUGACAGAUCUUGGAAAAAUAGUUAUUAUUAGGAGCAAGAUGCUGCACUUUCUUAUGCCCCAUGUUAAACAGACAUUCCUGAAGGUAAAAGGUGCCGACAAGAUCCUAGAGCUCCACCAAGCUCUGAAGCUGCUGCAGCAAGACAGAGGUGGAGGCGCAGUUCUGGUGUUCAGCAACAAGUCUUCCACCGUCAACUGGGUUGGAUACUCGCUUGAAGAGAUGGGGGUAAAGCAUGCACGUCUCCAAGGGGAGAUGCCUGCUGCUGUGCGUGCAGGAAUCUUCCAUUCCUUCCAGAAGGGCAACGUAGACGUGCUGAUAUGCACGGACAUUGCCUCACGUGGCCUGGACACAUCCAGAGUGCGCUUGGUGGUCAACUACGACUUCCCAGAAUCCCACACGGACUAUAUCCACCGAGCAGGCAGAGUAGGGAGAGCAGGUGGUGUAGAGGAUGGGGAGGUGCUCAGCUUUGUCACCCAUCCCUGGGAUGUGGAGCUGGUGCAGAAGAUUGAGACAGCUGCACGCAGGAGAUUGAGCUUGCCAGGCAUGGAGUCCGACAUACAUGAACCAAAGCCCAUAAUGUUAAAUGAAAUGGAGUAGAUGGUUUUGUGUGUUUGUGAUUUAAAUGCAAAACAUGGAACAGAAUAGAUUUUAAGGAAUGGUUAUUUGAAACUAAACUGCAGUCAGAACCUAUAAAGCUCACGUUUAAGAAUGAUUUGUGUGUGCUUCACAUCUAAAUGUAUUUUUCUGCCAUGUACAAAAUAUUGUCAACACCUUUAUCUUUUGAUUAAAGAUGUUCUGCUUGUACAGAUACAA